CUCCUCCCCUUCCUCUCCCUCGCAGCCUCGGUAUUCUCUCUCGGCCAGCCACCUUCCGCGCAGGGGUGGGGGGGGAAGAGACGAGUGCAUACCCCACAGCCCCUCGUGAAAAGCCAUGGGCGACAUCCCCAACCUCGUGAAAAUCAGCAUCUCCCUCAAAAUCCAGCCCAACGACGGGGCGGUGUACUUCAAGGUGGAUGGGCAGCGCUUCGGCCAGAACCGCACCAUCAAGCUGCUGACUGGGGCCAAGUACAAGAUCGAGGUGGCCCUCCGGCCCGGCACCGUUCAGGCCACGAUGAUGGGCAUCGGGGGUGUGAAUGUCCCACUGGAGGAGAAAUCAAGGGAUGCGCAAGUGGUCUCUUACACAGGAAUCUACGACACGGAAGGGGUGCCCCACACCAAGAGUGGGGAGAGGCAGCCCAUUCAGGUCAACAUGCAGUUUAAUGACAUUGGUGUUUUUGAAACAGUCUGGCAAGUCAAAUUCUACAACUACCACAAACGGGAUCAUUGCCAAUGGGGAAACAGUUUUGGCAGCAUUGAGUACGAAUGCAAACCAAAUGAAACACGCAGUCUUAUGUGGAUCAAUAAAGAGACCUUCCACUGAAGAGAAGUGAAAACAAUAGUGCUGGACAAUCUCCUUAAGGAAAAAUCUACCUUCUUAAACCAGCAAAAAGCCUUAACAAAGGCAUACUGUAAUGUUGCUGUGUCCCAUAAGGUUCCCGUAACUCAGUUGUAUAUACAGUUGGUGCCACUAAAAACCUUGCCUAUUAUGGUAUUUUAAGUUUACCAUGGCAUUGCAGAUUCUUUAUCUAUCAUACUGAGAAUACCUGCAGGCAUCAUGGUAAAGAAUAUUUGAUAGCCGGGUAGAAAAUCAUACUAUCAUAAUACUAUCAUAAAUAUUUGGACUACGUCCACUAAACAGUUCCAGUAGAUGUAACAACCUUUGUGUUCUGCUUUAUUGCUUAGCAUUUGGAUGCAACAUCACAUCGGUGAUUUUUGUAUUUAUAUUUAUGUUUGCUCCAAAAUCAGUGUAUUCCUUCAAGCAUUUUGUCUACACUUCGUAACAGUAGACAGCAAAAAGUACAAGUUAUGGAUGUUUGUAGGUUUAGCUAAAUGGCAGCUACCGCACUGUUGAUAUUGUGCUUUCAUAUCAAGGGAUUUGGAAACUCACUGGUUCUCCCUUUUGUUGAGUGUUGUAUUCUGUGAUAAAUUUCCUAUUUUGUGAAAUUUGGUAAAUUAUCAUUCUUUGUUGUUAAGUUUCCCAGUCCCCGAAAUGGUUUCAGGAAACAGUGUAAAACAUGCUAACUUAAAUGAAGGAAAAGCAAUAAAUCAGUUGUGGUCUUAACAAAAAGGAACAUCUAAUGACAUGACUAAUAUCUUAAGAUCACAUAGCAUUUUUUGCAAGAUAUAGCAGCCAUACUUAAUUUAGUUCUCAGAAUAAGAGUUCUGAUAGUAAUUGCCAUUUGUUUUAAUGACAUAUUGCUCAAGCCAGUAAAAUCCUACAAAUUAACUUUUUCAAGCAUGACCACUGUAUCAUAUCAAAAUCUACUGGAUUUCCUACCAAAAAACUCAGCAUUGUGAAGAAAGUGCAGAUCCUGAUGCAUAUUUAUACAUGCAUUGUAUUCUUUUAAAGAGAGACAAGCAUGUAAGCAUUUGAAGGGUUAUGACUUAAGGUGCUACAUAAACACUGGGUCAGUGUUUAACACAUAUAGAAAAUAGAAGCCAAAUAUAUCUUUUCUUUCAGUAAACAAAGCAGGGAAGCAACAACACAAUCCCAUCUCCAGCUUCAUCUGACUAAGCUGUCAAUUCUUGCGUAUUGGUUGUUAUCUUUGUUAAUAAUUUGUAAAUUGUGUAUGUAAAUGGUAACCAAAACUUUUGAUCUUUGUAAUAAAGGACUUAAACAAG